AUGGAUUCGAGAAAUUGCAGUAGCAAAUUGGUUGAAUUCUUCAUCGUUGGCUUCUUGGACUUUGAAGCCAUGCAAACCCCUUUAUUGCUGUAUUUUCUUAGUGUUUAUAUCUUAACCAUUUGUGGUAACCUGGUCCUUGUUCUACUUAUUAUGUUAAGUCCAUCGCUUUCUACCCCCAUGUACUUUUUCUUAUGUAACCUCUCAUCCCUUGAUAUUGUUUAUACAUCCGUCACUUGCCCAAAGCUCAUUUCAAUCUUUACCACCAGCAAUGGUGGAAUUUCCUACGUGGAAUGUAUCCUACAACUUUACUUCUUCAUCGCUUUUGGUAGCACAGAGUAUUUUUUGCUUACUGUUAUGUCAUAUGACCGCUAUGUAGCGGUCUGUAAACCCCUAUAUUACUCCGUUGUAAUGAACCAACAUGUAUGUAUAUUUGUAGCCAUUGGUUCAUGGUUGGGGGGAAUAGUGGCCUCAAUUCCGAUUGCGUCUGUCACCUCCACCCUUGAUUAUUGCAGCUCACACCUAAUUAAUCACUUCUUCUGUGACAUUAAUGCACUCAUACAUCUGGCAUGUAAUGACACGACACUUAUCCAUGUUGUAAUAUUCAUACAAGGAGUAGUCCUAGUUCUGACAUCCUUCACGCUUACUCUGAUAUCCUAUCUACAGAUAUUAUCUAGUAUAAUGAGGAUCCGGACAUCGAGGGGAAAAUACAAGACCUUCUCCACGUGUGGUUCCCACCUCACAGUUGUGAGUCUCUUCUACAUUAUGGUGUUUGUUUUAUACAUGAGACCACCAUCUUCAAUGUCAUUAAAUCAAGCCAAAAUAUUAACCACAUUAUAUGUGUAUGUCAUCCCCCUGCUGAACCCAGUGGUUUAUAGCUUCAGAAAUGAAAGCGUGAAAGAGGCUUUAAGAAAAAAGUUAAAAUCACUGUUAAAGGACAAAAGUCUGUAA